AUGACAGUCGCUACCACCGCUCUCCCCAGAGACGGAGAAGUGCCUAAUGCCCUUCAUACCAACGGGACCCCCCAUUCCAAUAGGACAAACUGGGCGCACAAGACAAACGGCAUCAACGGCACAGGAAAGCUACAUGGCCACUCUCAUACGAACAGCGCUUCUGAGGAAAAUCCCUUCACCAUCCCGAUGAGUGCCGACUAUGCCUACACACCCCGCAAACUCCGCGUCGUGACUAUCGGGGCCGGCUUUUCUGGUCUCCUGAUGGCCCAUAAAGUACAACAUCGUUUUCCAGAGUUACAGCAAUACGUUGAGCAUACCAUAUUCAAUCGAGUUGAUGGGAGAGUUACGGCGCUGUUCGGGGGAAGUGCAGUGUUGUUUAAUCGCAUACUCCAGGAUAUUCGGGCAGAGGACUUUGAGAUUGAGUAUAACAGUCCGAAUCCCUUCCGGUUCAUGGGGAAUGGGUUCACAGCUUGGGAGAUGGACGAGGAGAAUGAUCUGUCCUGGUACGUGGAGUUGCCGGAGGAAGUUCACUCAUGA